UUUUUCUUCAAUAUAACGAGACAAUAAAUUUGUGACAGAUUUCAAAUACAACCCUCAAUUCCAUAACGUAAUGGAAGUGAGUAAAGAAGAUUUCGAAUCGUGCAACUCAAGCUCGCCAAUUCUUACCUACACAACCGGUCACGACUCGGUGGAGCUAACAUCCGGCGGCCACCAUUACUUCAUAUGCGGUACCCCCGGCCACUGCAAAGCCGCCGGACAAAAGGUGGAUAUCUUCGUUCUAGGCGGCAAUAGCGGCGGCCCCAGCGGCGACGGCAGCCCCAGCAUUAGUCCUCCUAAUGACGAUAGCGACAACGAUAGCCCUAGCAUUAGUCCUCCUAAUGACAAUAGUGCUUCGUUAAUGACAAGACCUAAUUUUAUUUCCUUCAAGUGGCUGUAUAUUAUUGCUAAUAUAUUUUUGGUUCAUGGUGUUCUAUAG